AUGGCAGGAGAAAUAGUCUACGCUGACCUGCACCUAACCUCCGGCUUUCCCAGCUCCAGGACACCCCUUUCAGCUCAGUCCCUCAGUCCCCCGAAUCCCUGGUGGCAUCGGACAGCACUGUGGGUCGGAUGGAUUGGGAAUAUUGUCCUGGUGAUUGCUGUGAUAGCGCAGGGGAUUUGGAUUUCCCACUUGUUGUCUGAGAAGGGACAGACCCCGGCAGCCCCUGGGAGCAACGGAGCUGGGAGCAGAGACACCAGCACAGCAGAAUGUGGCACCCACCUGGAGCGUUUCCGAUCCCAGCUGACCCAAAGUCUGUGCUACCGAGCCCAGCCCGGCCCAGCAGGGGGCUCCGGGUGCAAACUCUGCCCCACGGACUGGCAGCUGCGUGGGGACAAGUGCUACUGGGUCUCCAGAGGAGGUGAAAUGUGGAGCGAGAGCCGUGCCAACUGCUCAGCGAGGGGCUCCCAGCUGCUGGUGAUCCGGGACUCUGAGGAGCUGGAGUUCCUAAAGCACCUGACACAAGGUUCACAUCUGUUCUGGGUCGGACUGUCCAUCUCCUCCCCGGAGAAGGCCUGGACCUGGCUGGAUGGCUCCCGGCUGGAUCAGACCCUGUUCCCGGUGUCAGGCCCGGCUGAGGGGGACAGCUGUGGGGCAGUGAAGGGGAAUCGGAUACAUUCUGACACUUGCGACUCUGCAUUUCAGUGGAUUUGCCAGAGAGACGCCAUUCCUCUCUGA